AAUAGAACGUUACAAGAGAUAGGGAGAGGGUCUGGCUACGCGAGGCUAUAGCCUCGUACCCAGGCCCUCUUGCGCGACUGCUCUGAGCUCAUUCUCACAUGAAGAUUCACGUGACGUCUAUCAUAUCCUCACUAAAUUUUAGUGGCUGCUAGGUGUGAUUUGCCGUUUUCUGGACGUUCGUUUGAGGUGAAUUGAGGCGCGCCACGAUUUUUGAAAGCCACAGCAGUACGUUCACAGGUAAAAACAUUUUACUGAAGUGAAUCUGAGCUAGGAAUUCUCAACAGGAAGUGUUGCACACAAGAAGCUACAGAGUGAGUAUGGAUGAUCGUUUCAGUGACCAAGCUAUACAUUGCCCCAACCAGCCUAUCCGUGCAACUGUCCUUCACAAUGAGACCUUGCACACCAUUUUGUGGAUUGCAUCGUGUGUCACUAUUGUGGGAAACGUUCUUGUUGUAGUAUGGCGACUCACCAGGGCCCGACAGCAGAGAUGCAGUGUAGGAUCUAUAUUGGUCAUCAUUCUUGGCAUAUUGUAUGUGGCGUAUGGAUGCCACGAAGUGAUACUCGAGGUGUCUCUGUUGUGUUCGGUCUUCGACGAUUGUCACGUGACUGCAGGCAAUUCGACUUCGUGCGGAUUGUGUGAGAGUAGUUAUUGGAUCUCGACUUGUUCGUCGUUGAUGGCAGUGUGGACGACGUUCGGAAUCGCUAUUUAUGCUUUCACGUUUACGUUUGGUUUCAAUACACGGAGAGUCCAUGUCGCACUCAUGACGACCAUUGUCGUUGGGAAUGGCGUGUGCGUGUGCUUGAUCACAAUACCCGCGAUGGCUAGCCGAUUCUACGAUUAUGGGAUCAUCGAGGAUUGUUGUAGAUAUAGAGAGCACAAGAUGAUUAGCAGUCGGGAAUUGGUCGUCUUGAUUGUGACACAGUGCACGUCGUCCCUGACAACCAUCGUGCCACAGAGUAUUCCCGCCGUUGUUGCAUUUCUUACGACCAUUCUAACAGCAUUGUCUAGUAUUAUCUUAAUAGCAGUGAUAUGCGGUUAUUGUCGAUGUCUACGUCGUGCUUGUCGAUCAGCCCGUGCUCGACUUGUCACUCAGUUACGUGAAAAUGAUUGUGAAAACUUUCGAAUUUUUUUUGUGUUUGUUGGCAUCUCAAGCGUGCUUUGUUGGUGGCCUUCGUAUUUGCUACACAUGUUAUACGUGUUUGAAAUCGUAGAAUCAUCCUCAAAUCUUGCAGUCGUCAAUUUGGUUUUCAUGGCAAUGCCUCCUGUUUUAUUUCCAUUUAUCUAUGUGUUGCUGACCGGAAUUCAGCGCUAUCGAUGUCAUGCCUCCAUUCGAAAUCAAGGCUAUACGAAUCUGGAGAAUAAUGAACAACAGUAAUGGUGAUUACACCAAAUUGGUUGCAUUUGGUUUGAAGACAUAGAUCAGGAAAUAUUGUUUGAGAAUCCAUUUUGAAGUAUGACUUUUACCUUGAACGAAGUAUACACAUUGUGAUUAACUGUAAUCGUGCUCGCUGGCCUAAAAUAUGCUUUGCUAGACAUGUUUAUUGCAGUCGUACUUUUUAGAAAAGUAUAUU